AUGGGAUCAGAAGCUACUAAACAUGGUGGCAAAGCGGCUAGUCAUGCUGCUGCUGCUGUACCGGCGAAAGACGGCGUCGCAUCGGACGAAAUAGCGGGAGCUGCAUUUACUUUAGACAAGGUUGGUACCAGAAUGGAUCAGCACGACAUGAUGCGCAUGGGGAAAUCGCAGCACUUCAAGCGUAAUUUGGAUUCCUAUCGAUGCUUGGCUUUACUUAUAAGCAAGGACACUGACAAAACUAACAGCGCGAGCACUUUUGGUGUCAUAAAUGGCGGAGCUGCGGGCUUGAUAUACUGCUAUCUCGGCAACUUUGUGGGCUUCCUCGCCGUUAUUGCCUCUAUGGCCGAAAUGGCAUCUAUGGCACCGACUGCCGGCGGACAGUACCACUGGGUCUCUGAAUUUGCGCCCGCAGGUGGCCAAAGAUUCCUCGGCUACGGGACCGGACGUGUCUGUGUUCUCGGUCAAGAGACGGGAAUCACCAGCAUCGCUGUCCUCACGUCCUCAGAGAUCCAAAGUCCGAUUGUCAUAAAUAACCCUUCGUAUGUUUUCGAGAGACGGCACACAACGCUGCUUAUUCUAUUGUUCAACUUCAUUGCUAUUAUCUUCAACACAUAUCUUGCCAAAAGACUGCCGCUCGUUGAAGGCAUUGUGCUGCUGUUUCACAUCUGCGGCUUCAUUGCCCUUCUUGUCCCGCUUUGGGCCUUGGCGCCUCGAAGUACGGCCUCAAAAGGUCUUUGGGACAUUUAA